AUGAGCGAGCGGGGGCGCAGCUGCGGCGCAGCAGCCGACGCGGGGUCCGCGCCCACCGUCGCCCCGGCCCGGCUUCCUCCUUCCUUCGCUGCCCGCGACUUCCUCCGCCCGUCCAGCGCAGCCAGCCACUGCCCCGGACUCCUCGCGAGCCUCAGGUGAAUACUUCCUCUGCUGGGAAAUAGAAGAGUACCUUGUUAGUAAAAAUAUGCCCCCCAAGUUCAAGCGCCACCUAAAUGAUGAUGAUGUUACCGGCUCUGUGAAAAGUGAAAGGAGAAAUCUUUUGGAAGAUGAUUCAGAUGAAGAAGAGGACUUUUUUCUAAGGGGACCAUCUGGACCAAGAUUUGGACCUAGAAAUGAUAAAAUUAAGCAUGUGCAGAAUCAGGUGGAUGAAGUUAUCGAUGUCAUGCAAGAAAAUAUUACAAAGGUAAUUGAGAGAGGGGAGAGACUAGAUGAACUGCAGGACAAAUCAGAGAGCCUGUCAGACAAUGCAACUGCUUUUAGCAACAGAUCCAAGCAACUCCGAAGGCAAAUGUGGUGGCGUGGCUGCAAGAUAAAAGCCAUCAUGGCUUUGGUUGCUGUUAUCCUUUUGUUAGUGAUCAUCAUUCUUAUAGUUGUGAAAUACCGUACUUGAUUUGAUGACAGAGAUCCUCAUUAAACAAGAUCUGGGACAAUAAUAGUAAUAAAAGAUUGCUGCAUAAUUUAAAUGAAAUCUAUGUAUAUAACUUUCAAAACUUCUUUUUCAAGAAACUAAGAGGCAAGUAUCCCUUCAAAUUGGAGCAUUGAGAAUGUCCAAUUAUCUUCUUCCCUUCUAACAAAAUGUGCUUUGAAUAAUUAUGCUUAAGGCCAAGAUAACAAUUUUGCUGUAUUCCAAGGAUCUAAUUUGAAGCUAGAUACUUGCCAGUUCAUUAUUUGUGUAUAUAGUUAAAUAUUGGUGACAGUAUUUCAUACACCUGUGUUAGUGAUAUAAGGACUUGAAUUAUUGCAUCAAGGUGGGGCCAGAUUGUAAUCAGGAAGCCUAUUAUUGAGUACCAAAUUAUUAUGCUAAAAGUGAUGCAUAACCAUUCCAUCAACAGUUGCAAGAAUAUCAUUCUUUUCCUGUUGGAAUUGCUUUGCAAGCACUUUCCACAUGUGUAUAGUUGUAACAAAAGUUAAAUGUUGUAAAUGUUUCUCUCUUCAGCUAUAACUAAAAACAUUCCAGUAAACCUAUUUUUAACUGUACAUGGGAAUAUGUUAGUAAUUCUUUUGAUAUUUAGAUUAUGGAAAUGGGAAAUUUAAACAGUAUGAAAAUAGUAUGGUAUCCUAAAACUGGAGAUAAUAAAAUUAUUGGAGUGUUUGAAAAUGACCACUAUGUAGCUACCAGUCAUGGUUCCAGUCUGUUGUCAGUUAAACUCCAAUAAGGAGAGAACAAUCCUAAUGUAAGUGAAAUUCACAGGUAACUUUUUCCGUAGUUUCAUUUUUGUUGAUAGUGUUUAACCUUUUACCUGAAGUACUCAAGUGUAAUCAUCUGCUCCACCGUUUUCUCUCUUUGCACAGUAAUAAGUAGCAAACCGUUGGAAGCAUAGUAGUCUGCAGGGGAUGAGUGACAAAUGCUAGGGGCUGCCAGACCACAGCUUGUUUCCGUAACAAUAAAAUGUGCCAACCUCUUUGUAUUGUUGAAGCAAGUUAAAAUGAAGGUGCUUUAUGAUAAUAUUCAAGAUUCUACAGAAUUUUGUGCCCAUGGUCAGCUUAAGUUAGAAAUAGGGUUAAUGGAAAAUAAUAAUUCUAUAUAACAUUUAUUCAAUCAUUGUAAUUCAAAUAUAUAAAAUGAAUUUGUUUGUUUCAUUCUGUAGUAAUUAGUGCAAAGAGGCAGAAUGUUCCGUUUAGAAAGGGAAGACAUUUAAAGGGAGAAAGCAGUUUCAAUGAUGUUUAAGACAAUUCAAAGAGAAAAAUCUAAAUAUAAUAACCAAAGUUUCUGGCUUCCUUAAAAGCAUUUGAAAAUAGAUAAACAUCUUGCAAAUUCUGUAAUGCUGCCACUGGCCUCUCCUAGUUAAAUGUCACUCAAUGGGAACAGCAUCAGAAUUGCCAUAACUCCUUUGCCAAAAAAGCUAUUGGAGAAAAGGGGCAUUUUUAGAACUUCGGUAGUUAAUAAUUUAGGGAUAGAAAUGUUUUUAAUGGGCAGAAUCAGUCCUAACACAUUAUGUAUGUCCUUUAUUUGGGUGAGAACUAGACUUGUAAGUGGUUUUUCUAUUAGUUGGUGUCGAAAUCUGGUUUCUCUACAGUAUCUGCUAGUAAAGAUAAAGAUUAUUUCUUUACGUAAUUUCGAGUUCUUUUAAUAAAGUGUGCCACUUUUAAAGAAACAGUUAUAAAAUAAAAUUAUAAAAUAUUUUUUAAAUCUUAAUUAUAGAAAUAAAGAAAAUAUUUAUAUGAAAACACUGUAUAUAUGUAGUUGUCUUUGUAUUAAAUUUGCUACUGCUGAGGAUACCGGUGGUAGACCUGGUUGGCUCCUUGGCCUAGCUCUUUUUCUGUCUUGAUCCUGGUGACUCCUUAGACCCUUAAAAUGGCUGGCAUGUUUGUGACAUUCCUGUGGUAAUGUUGAGUGACGUGAGCUUUCUUAAGGUCAAAAACAAGGGAAAUAGUUGUUCAGAUUGACGCCAGACCUACCUUCAUUCCCUCCCUUAAUCGUUCUUUCUCUCAUUCAGCUCAGAUCAUCCUGCACUUGAAAAACUGAAGCUAUACCAUCAUCAAAACUAUCAUUCACUAACAACAAUGAAGAUGAACAGAAAUUUUCAAGUAGCUUUGCAAAUAUUAGUUGGUACUGAGUGAAAUUAAGUCACUGUUUUUAUGCCUGAAACAUAACCUUGUGAUUUAUGUUUAAUUACAGUAGCCUGUUGCCUGGCAGCCAUUUUGGAAUUAUAAUUCUGAUUAAUUAGUUCCUCCUAAUCAUAACUUAAUAAUACCUGUAGUCUUUUGGCUCUUCUGUUCUAACAAAGCACACUAGAAAUUUCCCUAAGGUUUUGUAAACUUGGAGACUUUUUUUAAUCUUUUGGGGGACUUGUUGAUUAAAGAAAAGUUCAACAUAGAAGAUGGACCAAUGUCUAAAAUGGAGGGAGAGAAAUUAAUACACAUUAUAUAUAUAUAUAUAUAUAGAAAUGCCUUCUGUGAACUCUCCUGUAGAUUGCCUGUCGUUAUAGUCCUUUCUGUAUAUUUCUGUAUUCUGCAUUUGAAAAUUAUAACAUUGGCAUCAUUAAAGCAAAAAGUGUUACUUUUCAA